AAACCUCCGACUCUGGGUAUAGGUCAUACUACUCGUGAGGUUGCUGAAAGAUAUUCGACAGCCCAUGAUCGUUUCCACCAUUCUUAUUCGGGCUCAUCAGCUGGGCGCAGUCCCCGAGUUUCUGGCCGAACUGAUGUUCCGCUUCGCACUUUGCAACUAAGGGUAUUUUGCCAAACCAUGUCUCCGAAUCGGUCAAUUUCUUCUAAGGGAGAAUACCACAAAGACAAUAACACAAUCACAAGUCAACAGUCACCCAAAAACUGGAUGAUAUCAUUAGCAUUGUCCCACUGUGAUUUGCUUCAGUCAGAACAUCACAAUGGGGUUAUCAAUAACAAACACUACUCAACCAUGAGCUACGAAACGUACAGAGCAUUUCUACACAUUGUGUGUAAACACUUGGGCAUGAGUGAUCCAACGGACGCGAUAGAUGACUUUUUUUCACGCGAUCCGAACAACAAAAAUCUGAUUGCGGAUCUACUGAGCGAAACUAGCUUAGCCGGAUACGAAUCAUAUGCACAAUGUUUUGGAGUUGGAUUUUAUAAAGUCAUUGUUAAUGACCGCCGCGUGUUCCGUAUACCAGUCAGUUUUGGAACUACAGUACUUCGGAAGCCACAAAAUUCGGUACAAACAUCAAAAGGGUCCCAAAAGUCACACUCGAAUGAGACCAAUUAUACGGUACUGGGUGUGGUGGAUCAUGGGGUAACACACCGCGCUUCAGCUCCAACGGACACUGAGCGAGUAAAUACGCCAAAAACACUUUCGGUGCGAGAGUCGUUGGUUAGUUCCCAUGGUAUGACUUUAACCACCGUGAGUUGUGACACGGAAGCUGCGCCCGGCUACUGUCAACAAGUGCACUAUAUGGUUGUUUCAAGAAUGUAUCCGAGGGAGUGUUUGUUCGCCAUUCCACUCAAUUUGCUAUGUACAAGCGACGAGUUGGAUGAGAACAGAGCCUACUUCUAUGCCAUUCGAUCAAAUACUGGUACAAGCGCACCGAGAAUCAAAUACCAGAACGACCCUAUGCAGCUUUUUCCAGUGAACAUUUCGGUUGGCUAUCUACGAGGCUCUUUGCUGGAAUGCGCCCACCGUUUGUUCUCCAUGGUGUUUAUGCGUCUGCUGGCCUACUUCAAUCAAAGGAAGGAUCUGUUUACUAGACCAGACGGUGAGGCAAGCGGGAAAGCUGCAAUGAUAGGGAAGGUUAGCUGGGCUGGUGGAGGAGGUGCUCAAGCGAGUCCGCAACAGAAUGCGCCCGGUCACAUGACAAAGGAUGAGAGUGGGCAGAGCACCGAUGAUUCGAACACACAUCGCUCCAAAGCAGCACACCCAGGGCGUUCUGCUGUCUUCAGUGGAGGCAGUACAGAAGAAUCACAGCGCUUGCGAGAUGAAUUCAGUGUGACCUUAUUCAAAUUUGGGUCAGUGCUCGAAGAAACCAUUCUCGCACUUCAAGGGGUAUUCAAUCUGAAGGAACCCGAUUUCCAACCGGAUGAGGAUUAUGUGAUUGACCCAUCACGGGAUUACCUGAUGUUGCCACACGUGACCAAGUUACUCAAGGUCUGGGAUCAACAGAUCGAUUCCGUGAUGGAACGGUUGAACCCUUAUCGGACGACAGAUUGUGGGCCACUUGAUGAAGUCGACUACUGGAGACAUCGAUGUAAAGUACUCACAGCAAUUGCAGAGGCGUUGCGAAGUAAAAAAUCUCAGUGGGUUAUCAACGCCUGGGCAGUACUCAAUCCAGAGGCGCCACCUUACAACCGAGGGGCUGAGAUCAAAGCACAAAUGCUUGAGGCCAAAGACAAUGCCAGGUUCUUACUGCUCGUGGAAAGGCACUUCAAGAAUGUUCAGUUCGGUUCAACGUUUGAAGUAGUUACGGACACCAUCCCGGCUAUGGUACAAUCUCUACGUUUGAUUUGGACAAUAUCACGCGGUUACAACAAAGACGAACGCAUGGGACCCCUGCUACGGCGCAUUGCUUGGGCAUUGUGUGAUCGAGUUAUUUGUGUGCUGGAAGUUAGCCAUUUGUUCAGUCAAUCGAUUCGUAACAUCCUUCGUGAGGUACGAGCUGCCAUUCGAAUGUUGACAACAUUUGAAAACACGUAUUUGCUCGAGCGUCAGCGCGUCGAGGCCACUUCUCAAGACAAUCGUUGGGAGUUUGACCGGAAAUCGUUAUUUGGCGAUAUACAUUACAUGAAGAGGAUUCUUACAGACAUCUACGACAUGGCCAAGUGUGCCAACGAAUUUUAUCACAUGUUUGGGCCAGAACUGAAAAAUAUCACCGGAGACAACAAAACUUUGAGCGAAAUCCUCCGACUGGUCGAUCAGCUUUUUACAGCCAUGAAGAGCCAGGAAUUGCCCUGUCCAUUCCUGCAAAAAAACGAAAAGGCUUGGCUCAAGGUCAAGGCAGAGUUUGAAGAUAACGCGUCCAUGAUUGAUGCCAAGGCGAAGAACUUCAUCAAUGACUACUUUGCUCAUAUUCGUGGGCCCACAUCGGCUUUUGAUCUACUUGAAAAGUUCAAAUCGGUGAAAGCAAGAGCAGCGAUCACGUGUUUGCUCAAAGAUAAGUACCGAGAUGUGCUGCGAAGCUUUGGAAAUGAACUCGUCAAAGUCGAGUCGAAAUUCAAGGAAUCACGUGACGCACCUGCAGUCGCCCACUACCUACCUCCAACCGCAGGCUCCAUAUCAUGGUCUCGGCUCAUUCUCCUCACUGUGAAGGCAAGCAUACUCCGUUUUAUUCAGUCGCAACCAGAUAUUCUUGAAGAAGACGAAGGAAAAGCUGUGAAAGCUCGCUACAUCAGCCUAGCUGAGGAGCUACGCAAAUAUGAAAGAGCACGCCAUCGCUCUUGGGAAGCUGAAGUAAACGCAACCGUCAGUCUGCGCCUCAGUCAGCCCAUCCUCUUUAAACACACGAACCAAAUCCCCUAUGACCAGACAGUGCAAGCAAUCUAUCCCCCACCUACCUGGUGGGCUGGUGCAAAAGGUGAAACUGGAACGGUGCUUACUGCUCCCCCACCACCACAAGCCCAACUGAUCAAGCAACCAGCAAUCGAACAGACGCCAGUGGCAGGAAGCACCAAGCGAAAUUCGUCCUUAAUUUUGCAGCGCAACCACGGUUCGGGAAUGUCCUGGACUAGCCAAGGCGAACGAGCAUCACUCGGUACCGGUCCACAAAUCCAAGAAGGAUGUCUCCCAGUCUACGAAGUUAACUUUGAUUCCAGGCUAUGGAGCGUGGUUCAAGAAGCUGCUAGAAUGGAACUGUUCGGUCUUGCUCUACCGGAGAUCGGGAGGUUUCUUGGACUGCGUGUAAGCGACCCUGCUGUUGAAGCAUUGACUAAUUCUGGAUGA